GUUCAUUUCUCACAAUGGACGACCACGAAGGAACACCAAACCAGCUGCGAAGACCUGUCCGCAUUUGGAUUGAUGGCUGUUUUGAUUUAGCCCACUUUGGACACGCAAAUGCUUUGCGGCAGGCCAGAAACUUGGGGGAUGUUUUAGUUGUUGGUGUACACCCUGAUGAAGAAAUAAAGAAACACAAAGGUGCCCCUGUCUACACGCAAGAGGAGCGUUACAGGCUCGUAAAGGCGAUUAAAUGGGUGGAUGAAGUUGUUGAAGAUGUGCCAUACGUGACUGAUCCGAACACACUGGAACUGUACUCUUGUGAUUACGUCGUCCACGGAGAUGACGUCGUUUCUGCCUCGGACGGCUCCGAUGUGUAUCAUCCUUUCAAAGUUGCAGGUCGUUACAAAGAGUUUAAGCGAACUGAAGGCAUUUCAACCACGGAAUUGAUAUCCCGAAUCCUUGAUCGCAUGGAGAAAUCCCAGAAACCUCAGGUUACCCCAUACCUUUCAGACAGACGCAUCCUCCGCCGGACCCGCUCUAUGGACUCGAUCCUCGCCUUUGGGCUUUAUCUACUCCAUUCUCCAGAGGGCAAAGACCUUUUAGGUUCCCAUCAAGACAAGAACUCAACACAAACCGCCUCUUCCUACGCUGCAGUUGCUGCGACGGCAAGUUCGACAAAACCUAGCUGGACCAACUGCGGCAUGCCCUAUAUGCCCCACACCCUCCGGAUUAUCCAGUUCUGCGCCGCUCCUGACGGUACAUAUGGCCUAAGAGAGCCUACCAAAGACGAUGUGGUGGUAUACGCCCCGGGAUCGUUCGAUCUCUUCCAUGUUGGUCAUCUAUCGUUUUUAGAAAAAUGUCUCGAAUAUGGAAAUUAUCUUCUGAUUGGCCUGCACUCAGAUACAACUGCCGUCUUCAAUAACCGACGUAUGGGUACCAUCCUGACUCUGCAAGAGCGUCUCUUGUCUGUUUUGGCAUGUCGUGUGAACUUCGUCAUUGUGGGGCAAGACACGAGGCUGAUGCCAUACAAAAAUGGCUUGGAUCCUAUGCGCAUCCCCAAACAGCGCGGUAUAUUUCGACGUGUUGACAGUGGGUCUCUGGUGACCACGACCUCCGUGAUCAGUCGGAUUUUGAAGCACAGGUCUUGGCUUUCUCAGUUAAGCAGUCACGGGAACAAACGCUUUGACCACGAAUAAACAAUAUGUGUUCAAUCCACACUUUACUCUAUUUGCAAUUGGUGUAACACAGGCUAGGCUUCAAUGUACGGCUCAUUCAACGAACUUGUUGUCUCUCCGAUGCUUACGAAUCUCCGCUUAUAGUAGUGGACUACGAGAAUCGCAAUCGCGCCAAGGAGGCCAAGGAAGCUCAGUUGAUGUCCACUUUACGGACUAGUUCCACAUGCACUGUGCUCAGUUUACCGAACUGAUAGAUACCAUUCGAUUACAUGGGCGGCUGUGAUAUUUUAAUCUGUACUCCAGAGUUCACGGCGUGCACACUAUAGUGCAUACUCACCACAAUUUCCACAUCAUAUUCCGAUUUGUGCUGUAACUGGCUUUUUUCUUCCCCUACUCUACAGCUGAAACUUUUAUGUACACUGUCGUACGUGCACUUCGUUACAAUUGUGUUUCUCCCUUGA